AUGAGAAGAAGGAACUACAAAAAAGAGAAUGAGGUAUCAAUUCCUCAACCACAACCUCUACAAUCAGUAUUUCAUCCACCACCAAAGAAUUCUCCACUAUUACAUCAUAAAAAAAGCUCACCAACCAGACCUACCUUAUUCAUUCCGUCAGGCAAUGAAUUGAUUUUGAAACCAAUUCAGCUGACAAAAGCUCAUUUUUUUGACGCUUAUUCUAAAGGAAAAUGGAAUCUUUCAAAAGUUCCAUGUCCACCAUUUCUUGAUGAUAUUGGGUAUAUGAAACCACCUGAAAGUUUUAAUGAAAUAUCAAGAUCAGAAUCAGUAUCAAAUUAUAUGAGUUUACCUCAUUGGAAAAAAAUUCAAUAUUUUACAAGAAUCAUAUCAAAAUUAAAAAAAGAAUUUAAAAUUAAUGGUGUUUCCAUAUCUUUAAUUGAUAAAGAUAAAUGUUUUUACAAAUUUGAAACUACAUUAGAUUUGAAUUGUGUACCUAGAUGUAUUGCUAUUGACUCUCAUGCCAUAUUAUCAAGUGGGUCAUUUGUUUUAUUAGAUGCUUCAAAAGAUUGGAGAACUAUGAAAAAUCCUUUGGUUACUGAGUCACCGUUUAUUAAAUUUUAUUGUGGUGUUCCUUUAUUAGCUCCAAAUAAUGAUGUUAUUGGUAUAUUAGCUAUUUUUGAUGCAAGAGCCAAAUUAUCAUUUAAUGAAGAUAAUUGUAAAACUUUAGUUAGUACUAGUAAAGAUCUUAUGGAUUUUCUAAAUGCACCACUUGAUGAUGGAAACUUAAAUCCAAAAUACUUCAAAGGAGGUCAAUUAGUUGAUUCCUUGCUAUUAUAUGGAAAUUCAGAUAAAAAGGCAGCACUUAAAGAAUUAAGAAAAGAAAUCGGAAGACCAACAAGUGGGAAAUCUUCAUUAGUAUUUGAAAAAGAUGGUUCAGGUGGACCUUACAAUGCAAAUCAAAUUACAAGAUUCUUGAGGUUUAAUAAACAAGAAAAUGAAGAAGAAUUUAAUACUGACCAAUUGGAAAGAGCUCAAAGAAUUAAAUCAUUUGAAAAUCAUCAAGAUAAAUAUGAAGAAGCUGAGAUCAAAAAGAAUUUGAGACCUAUUAACGGUCACAUCAUCAAACAAAAGGAAUUAUGGAAAUCAUUAUUUUCAUUAGGUUCAUUAAAUAAAGCAGCUUCAGCAUUAUGUAGCACAUUAGGUGAAUUUUAUAAAUUUGAUUUUGUAUUCAUUUUAGAAAUUAGAAUUGCAGAGCAAUGUUGUAUACAAAAAGAAUAUUUCCCAUCAAAUGAAGAUAAAAUUGAUUAUGCACUGUUUAAAUAUUCAAAUAAGAUUACAAAAUCAAAAUCACCAAAUGAUGAAUUUAUGACAAGAAUGACUGGGAUAUAUGAUCGUAAAAUUUUAGAUCAUUCUAAAAAUUCUGGAAAAGCUGCUUCUACUAAUUCUCCAACUACUCAAUUUUUUGAAAGAUCUAUUCAUUACAAAGCAUUUUUAUCAGAAUUUGGUCUUGAAUAUAUUAAUCCAAGAUUGAACACUAUAUAUAAUUACGGUAUCAUAAUGCCAUUUUUCAGACAUGAAUCAAAAUUACUAAAACAUACAUCUAGCAGAUCAAAAGCCAACAAUAAAAAUGUUGAAUUAUACUUAAGAAGUGGUGGGUUUUUAAUUGGUUUAUUUUCAGAAUUGAUUAAAGAAGAAGUUGAUAGUGAAGUAAUUUCUGCUAUUUUUGAUCAUUCAGCUACUUUUAGAAAAAUAUAUAUUAGUACUACUCAAUAA